AUUCGCCGCUGCAGGCGCGGCGCGGGCGGCGACGAUGGGCGGGCGGGUGACCCGCGUUUUCCGGACCUUCAACGUGGAGAACCGGGCCCGCCGCGAGAUCAGCAAGGAGAAGCCCACGCCCGCCCCGCGGCACCGUACCGCCCGCAUGGACGCCACGGCCGAUCACCCAGAGAUAAAAGAAGAAAUUUUAAGAAAGGACGAUAGGCUUCUCACAUUGCUAAAAGAUGUUUAUGUCGAGUCCAGAGAUCCACCAGUACGGGUAAAAGGUGAAGGUGGAGAACAUCUUCCGUGUAAACAGGAGGAAAAGAGACUUACAAAACUAGGCCAUUUGGAAGCUCUAGAUGUUAAGAAAGUUUCCAAAGGCAAAAUUUCCAUUGUGGAGGCUUUGACACUUCUUAAUAAUCAUAAACUUCAUCCUCAAAUAUGGACUGCAGAGAAAAUAGCAGCAGAAUACAGUCUGGAACUGAAGGAUGUCAACUCUCUUCUGGAAUUCUUCAUUCCUUUCACCGUGCAGGAAUUUCCUAAAGAAACCAAAAAAGCUAUAAAGUCAACAUAAAAAUACUUGCCUAAACCUGGUGUGAUCUUACUUGUGUCUUAAUUUUACUCUUAAGUAUAUUCAAUGUCUGAAAGUUCAGAGUUGGUAACGUUGUGCAACAAUGCCGCUUCCUUAUACCAGUGAGAUGUAUUCAAGCAAUUCCAUUCUGUAUUGGAUGGCUUCAAUGAAAUGCAGCAAUUACAGUUUGUAAACCAGAAUAUGACCAGUAAGUGGUAUGAGAGCGUGUCACACAGUUCUGAUUAUCCCAUUCAAACAUUACAAGUUCAGUUAAAGGACUUUACCUUAACAUUGAAAGAUUGCCUUUCUUAGCAGAGACUUCCUGGCCUGCAGCUAAACAGGUGCUCUGCAGGUGUUAGCUCUGUAGUUUCAUGUUGCUGUGUUCUUUCAAGGAUUUGUUGCCAAGGUGUGUGUAUAUGCAAACAGCUGUCUUUCUUUUGUAUAAGAAUGGAAUAGUAGUUAUACUUUGUAAAGAAGGUUAACCACAAGAUUUGGGAAAUUCAGCUGUGUCAACUAUAAAAUAAAAAGGUGAA